CACACACAUCCGUAGCCAUUUUGGCUCAAAAGAUAGUGCCGGCUAGAACUUCGUUUGCAACCGCGGCAGGAGCGCACGCAAUGGUUUGUGUCGUCGAUGGGGCACCUGUCGUCUAUUGUUUGCUGAAGGAUGCUUGCCGCCGCUUGCUGCCGCUGUUCUUUGACCAGGUUCACGCAGUCGACGCCGAGAAUUUGCCAGAGCCAGGCGUGCCGACGAUCCUCGCGUUCAGCCACAGCAGCGACCUCGCCGACAUGCUGCUGCUCCUCUCGGCCACGGAGAAGCGGUACAUAAGAUUCGGUGCUGCUUCGUUCCUCUUCAAGAUGAAAGGAGUGAUGUCCGUCGUGAGUUGCAUCGCGAACCGUAUCGGGGCCGCCCCCGUGGUCCGCCUGCAGGAGACCGAGGGCGGCGGCACACAGCAGGCGGAGGCGAACAGGACUCUCGUCGAGCGGAUGAUGGACGGUCUGAGCCGUGGCCAGUGUGUCGCCCUGGUGCCUGAGGGCGGCAGUAGAUGCCGAGUCAAGUUGAAUCCUUUCAAGCCUGGCGCUGGUGUCUUCGCCGAACGUGUAGUGAUGCAGGAGCUUGCCGAGGGCCGGCCGGGUUUCUCUGUGCGGAUCGUGCCUGCUGGUGUGGUGUACACGCAUUGGACGCUUUGGCGCUCCGCUGCCAUGGUGCGCUAAGGCAAGCCUGUCAUCGUGGACGCGGCGCGUCUCGACAGGUUUGGAAUCACUCCGGACAUCUACAGAGAUACGAGGAACCAGAGGCACUGCGACCUUGUUGACGAUGUCAUGAACGAGUUGAGGGGCAAGCUGGCCGCGGUUGCCUACGACAUACCUGCGCAUGCAGUCAAUGAGGGUGGCAGGGCGAGGAUCGCGGACCCCGACAAAUCGAAAACUCUCGAAGGAGAUUCCCCUGAUCUUCGCAAGGGUGUCGUCGCCGCUCGCAUGGCGCUGUUCGACUCGAACAUCAGUAGACUGCCGCGGAUCGACAUUUGGCAGGGCGCGGUCGUCACCCUUGCCAAGGCGCUGCAGGCCAACAGAGAUCUCGGCAACGAUGUCUGCAAGUACCAUGAGUCGCUCGUGCGCGUGGGAUUGCGAGACGCGCAAGUUCGGGGCUGCAGCCGAGCAGGAUGCUGUCACAUCCUCUAUGCGGCAAUCUGGGCGCUGGUGUCGGUGUUUCCACUGCUCCUCGCAGCUCCUGGCGCCAUCCUCUUCUCGCCCAUGCUCCUCCUCGCUUGGCGAAAGCACCGGGCCGCGAUCGCGAGGAGCAAGGCCAUGCAGCAGUUCUCUGACGCCAACAACGCCACAAGCGAAGACGUCCGGAAGGCGUUGAAGGAGCAGCUUGGACGGGAGCCGGAUGUUCAGGACACGCCCAGGGACGAGGAAUCGUCCGCCGGCGCCGGAACUUUGACUUGAUCACGGG